UAAUUUCACAUUUUAUCUUAAAGUUAUUAUUUUAAUACAUGAUAUCUCUCUAUUAUAUAUAUACCCGACCCGAAUAUGAAUCCGGAUCCAACACAGUUAAAUCUUGAAAGUACAAUCAAUUAAGCCAAAAAGACCAUCAAAAUUCAGCUCACUUUCACUUUAAAUCUCGACCGUCCAAAAUCUCCGAUCAAUUUUCCGAUCAAGAUGGGUGCCGGAUUCCUCGUUGGACUCAUCGGUGUUCUCAUUCUAUCUCAUGCUACCUAUUCCACUAUCCAAUAUAGGGCUUUGUUGAAGAUUACUGAAGAAGAGUUUUCCGGACCACCCAUUGAUGUUGUAGUGGAAUUGAUUGUUAGUUUAGUGUUAUGCUUGUGGGCUGCAAUGACUGCUCCCGGAAGUUUCAAGUCAAUCCAUCCUCAUUCUGAAGAAAACAGGGUGGUCGCUUUGCCUGCCAACCUGGAUUUUAUGAUCUUUAAUCACCGCGGAAAAAUAUUUCCUCUGGAAACUGAGUUGAAGUUGAAGUGAUGGUCUGUACUAAUUCGGCAUUCAUGAACUCAACAAACUGUCAUCCUCCAUAACAACCCCAUCUUUCGCGACUAUUCUUGGAGAGGAUCGUUCUACAGCAGCAGUAGUCAACUUGUGGAAUGUUAAUUAUUAGAGAGCAGACAGAAAAAAAGAUGCUCUGAGUUUGCCACAUUUUCAUUUUUGCUUGCUUAAAUUUUAGUAUUGUAUGUUAAACUCAGAUUUUCAGAACAUAUCUCAGUGUCUAUUAGCAUUUAUUCUCCAUCAAUGCAAACAUGAAAGUCUUUGAAAACAAA